AAUAUAUUCAUGAAUGAAGCUCUUUUGCUAUAAAUACUAGAAAUAAAUGAAUUUUCUAUCAUUCGAAAGUGACUUGAAUUCUCAAAAAGUGCUAAGUAAAUCAGUUAAUUAAAAAUGAGCAACGUUGCUGGUUCUUGUACCAGUCCAGUGAUCGGUGGGCCUAGUAUUUUCAAUGUAUGUCCAACAACACCUUCAACAACAGCUUCAUUUUCACUUCUAUUAUUUAUGCUAAAUGAUUUAAUAACCCAAAACCCAAAGAUAUCUGAGAAGUGUGAUAGAGUCAUUCCUAUUGAAAGUCCUCGUGAUGAAUAUGAUUUUGUUGUUAUUGGAGGUGGUGCAGCAGGAAGUGCAGUUGCAGCAAGACUCAGUGAAGUACCUGAGUGGAAUGUUUUGCUGAUAGAAGCUGGACCUGAUGAGCCGAUUGGUACUGAAAUUCCCGCCAAUCUUGGAAUUUAUCUAGGAAGUAGCAUAGAUUGGAGAUUUAAAACAUUUAAUGAAUCUCAUGCAUGUUUGAAUAAUAACGGAGUUUGUUUAUGGCCACGUGGACGUAAUCUUGGUGGUACAACUGUUCAUCAUGGAAUGGCUUAUCAUCGAGGCCAUGCUAAGGACUAUGAAAAUUGGGUAGCCAUGGGCAAUGAUGGAUGGUCGUGGGAAGAGGUAAUACCUUUCUUCUUGAAAUCAGAAGACAACAGAGAAAUUGAUCGAGUAGGAAGAAAACAUCAUGCCACUGGUGGUCCAGUAAUUGUAGAAAGAUUCCCAUGGCAGCCACCAUUUGCUCAUACCAUUUUGGAUGCAGCUAGAGAAACUGGCUAUGGAGUAACUGAAGACAUGGUUGGAGAUAAAAUUCUUGGUUUUACAAUCGCCCAAGCAAUGAGUAAAGAUGGUGUUCGACAGAGUUCUGCUGCUGCAUUUUUGCGUCCCUUACGUGAUCAGAAAAAUCUAGACGUUGCUCUUGAUGCUCUGGUAACAAAAAUAUUGACUCGUGAUCAGAAAGUCGUUGGGGUUGAGUACACUAGUAAUGGCAAAACUCAUACGGUAUCAGUAAAAAAAGAAGUGGUAGUCUCAGGAGGAGCAGUGAACUCACCUCAGUUAUUACUUCUAUCUGGAAUUGGUCCAAAAGAUGAUCUGGAAUCUCUAAACAUCCCCGUAGUUCUUGAUUUGCCUGGUGUUGGAAAAAAUUUGCAUAAUCAUGUUUCUUAUAAACUAGACUUCGCACUUGAUGAAACUUUUUCAGAUGAUUUCAAUUUCAAUGAGGUAACUCAAUAUUCAUUCAAUCAAACUGGACCAUUGUCGUCUACUGGUUUAGCUCAAGUCACAGCUAUAUUAGCUUCACAAUACACCACUCUUGAUCAUCCUGAUAUCCAAAUAUUCUUCUCUGGAUUCCAAGCUUCUUGUCGAAGUAAUUUUGAUCUCAAGAGCUAUGAAGAUAAAAGAACUGUUCGAUUUUCAGCUGUAAACUUACAAACAAAAAGUCGAGGAGCUCUGUUUUUGGCAAGUGCUAAUCCAACUGACCAUCCACUAAUUUGGAGCAAUGAUCUUGCAGAUCCUAGAGAUGUUGAUGUCUUGAUAGACGGCAUUCAUGUUUUAUUAACAAUCGCCAAUUCUACAGCAAUGAAAUCAAAAGGAUUGAAGCUUAUAACUGAGCCACUUGAAGAAUGCUCUGAACAUGAAUUUCUUUCGGACAAUUAUUUCAGGUGUGCAGUUCAUGUAGAUACACGAACAGAAAAUCAUCAAGGAGGCUCAUGUAAAAUGGGACCCAAAACAGAUCCAUUGGCUGUUGUUGAUCCUCAACUUAAAGUUCAUGGAGUUGAAGGGCUUCGUGUUGCGGAUGCUUCUAUCAUACCUCAGAUGAUAUCUGGUAACCCACAUGCAACUAUUACUAUGAUUGGUGAAAGAGCUGCUGAUUUCAUCAAAAAAGAUUAUAAUAAAAAUUAAUUGCUUCAAAGGUCAUUUAAAUAACAUUUUGUUAUUUAAAGAUAUUGAUGAAGAAUUCGAUUGAAUAUGGAAACACUGUAUAUUAAAAUAAAUAGCACUAUAUAAUAAUCAAUAUCUCUAUGUUGU